CGCGUUUCAGCGAUGGCUUCUGCCCUCAACAGCAAAAUUCACGCGCCCGGGACUUGCCCGGGCUCCAAAGCCGAUGCCGGAGGUGGCGCCGGCUGGAGAAUGGACUGUGAUCCCGAGAUGCACGUGAAAAUGUGCAAGAAGAUCGCCCAGCUCACCAAGGUGAUCUAUGCCCUGAACACCCGCCAGGACGAGGCCGAGGCGGGCAUGGAGGCGCUGCGUGAGGCCCACCAGGAGGAGCUGCGCAAGGCGGUGGCCGAGACGGAGGCCAGGCUCCUGCAGGCGCAGGGCCGCGCGGGCGAGGAGGCCCUGAGGCAGCGCAUCCAGGCCCUGGAGAGCGCCCUGGAGCUGCAGAAGCGGCUGACGCAUGAGGCGCUGGCCCGGUCGGCCGCUUGCGGGCUGGAGACCCAGGAGAGGGAGCUGAGUGUGGAGGCCGAGCACGCCGAGCGGCUGCUCACCCUCUCCAGGGAGAUGCUGGAGCUCAAGGCCGACUACGAGCAGAGGCUCCGGCACCUGAGCGGCCACGAGGCGCCCCGGUGGGGCCGGCUCGCCCCGGAGGGUCCCGAGCCCCAGGCCGAGCCGGGCUGCGGCCCCGAAAUGCGGGAGGUCCUGCUGGAAGCAGAGCGGCUGCGAGCGGAGAACCAGCAGCUGAGCGAGGGCUAUGCUCGGAAGGCUGAGGAGCUGCAGGCCGCGUACGAGCGGGAGAACGAGGCGGUCCGGCAGGCCAUGCAGCAGUCGGUGAGCGAGGCCCUGUGGCAGUGGCAGGGGCAGGAGACCGACCUCCGGAAGAACUUCCAGGCCCAGGAGGCGGCCCUGCAGGCCCAGGUCCGGAAGCUAGAAGGGGAUCUGGAGCACAGAGGCCGCAAGAUCAGUGACCUGAAGAAGUACACCCAGAAGCUGAAGGAGCGCGUUCAGGACCUGGAUGUGCAGCUCAAGGAGGCUCGACAGGAGAAUUCAGAGUUGAAAAGCACUGCAGACAAACUUGGGGAGAAGCUGGCUGUUGCCAAAGACAGGCUGAUGUUGCAAGAGUGUCAUGUGACACAGAAAAGCCGUGAGAUGCCCGGAACGAUUUCCUUACACAGCAAAGAUGACAUGAAGACAGAGAGAGUUUCAGAGAAUGAAGUCCUAGGGAAAGAGGAUGAUUUGGAAGCCUGCAGUCUCCAUCCUCAGCAGGAUCAGAACUUUCCCCAGGAGUGUCCGUGCACGAAAGGAGGCACAGAUAUACAGACCAAGAAAGAGGCAUGUAUUGAGACAGAAUAUAUGAAGCAAAAAUAUGAAGAAGACCUUCGUAAAAUCAAAGAUCAGACAGAAGAGGAGAAGAAACAUCUCAAAGACCAGCUGGUGAAGCGCCUAGAAGACCUGGUGAAGAAGCACACGGUGGAAAUCCAAUUAGUUCGCUCAUCAGUGGAAGCUGAGAGGCAGAGGCUACAGAAGGAAGUAGAAACACAGUUGGAGGAAGUGAAGAAGAAAUCAGAAAAUGACAUAAAGCAUCUGGAAGAAGAGAAAGAGGCCCUAAGUGUGAAGCUCCAGAAUUCACUGCUUGAGGUUUUAAGGCUGGAAGAAUUUAUCCAACAGAAUAAUGUACAUCCCCCGAGAGGCAAUGAAUGGCCCCAAGAAUUGGACUGCCAGCACUGCAACAUUUUAGAGACCCAGGAUCCAUGCUUGAGGCUGAAUGAACCUUCUCAGACUCUGCCCAGAGGAGAAGAGUUUCAAGAUAAGUUAGCAGCUGAAGAAGGAACCAACAGCGACGAAGAGGAAAGGAUCGAAGUGCCCCUCAAGGAAGGAGGUGACCUGCAGCCUCCGCUGGGCUGUUUGCUGAAGGAGAAGGCACUGGAAAUCCAGAGUCUGCAGGAGGAGUGGCAGAGCCAGAAGGCCAGAUUGCAAGCCCAGGUCUUGCAGAUGCAGCAGGCUCUGGAGCAGUGCACCAGCAACUACAGGGAGGACCUGCGGGAGCUCAGGCAGCUCUCCGACCGCGAGCGGGAGCAGCUGCGGCGCGAGCUCCAGGAGACCGUCCAGCAGAAUCAGGUGGCGAAAGCUCAGCUCGAGGCCGCCCACCAGCGAGCACUCCGCAUGCUCGAGAAGGCCAAACACCAGGAAGUCAAGGCCAUAGAGGAGCGCUUGAAGAAGGAAUCCAGCCACAGCCUCCAGAUCCAGCACCAGGCGCACCGGCUAGAGCUACAGGCCUUGGAGGAGAAGGCCCAGCAAGAGCUCCAGGGAGAGCUGGAGAGGAUGCAGGCUCAGCAGGAGCUGUUGCUAGAGUCCCUGAGGCAGGAGCUGGCGGGGCAGCGGGCUGCCUGCUCUGAGCACCGGAAGGACUUGGAGGCGCUGCGCGCGGAGCUGAGGGCCCCGGGCAGUGUGGCCAGGCGACAGGCCAUCACCCCGUGUCCAGGGGACAGCGAGGACCGUGCCGGCACUGCAGAGGAGGGGGGCGGUCCGGGCCAGGCGGGCUCCCCGACGGGCAAGGGCGCCGCCGAGCAGGAGCCGAGCGAGGGAUGCGGCCUCUGGGAGGAGAACUCGCGGCUCAAGGAAGCCGUGCGGCGGCUGCAGGCCGAGGUGGAACAGCACCGGCAGGAGGCGCUGCAGCUCCGCGACCAGCGCAGGCUGCUGGAGGAGGAUCAGCAAGCCCAGCUGGCCCGGGAGGUGGAGAUGCUACGCCAGGAACACCGGAAGGAGAUGCAGGCCAUGGUGGCCGAUUUCAGCAGCGCUCAAGCGCAGCUCCAGGCCCGGCUGGCAGCCCUGGAAACCGAACUGAAAGAUUCCGGAGAGAAGCCAGGGAAGGGGGAGUCGAGGCCGGAGGACGUUCAGCUCAUAGGCCGUCUGCAGACCCGCUUGAAGGAGAGGGAGGAGAUCAUCAAGCAGCUCACGGAGGAGAGAAGAUUUCACUACACAGCAUUCCCCAGCGCAGUGUCCCAUCGGAAUCGGUCCUUCUCUUUCAAUCCUCGCCCAGGGUAUUUGACCCCUUCCAUGAAGAAAAAGAAGAUGGAGGAAGUGCCCAGCCGAGUGGUCAGUGUGCCAAACCUCGCUUCCUAUGCUAAGAACUUUCUGAGUGGCGACCUGAGCUCCAGGAUCAACACUCCUCUGAUAACUAAGUCACCCAGCUUGGACCCAGGCCCCAGCUGUGGCCAGCCUUACAAACCCACCCCAUCUCUAGAUGUAAAAACUGCCACAAGGACACAAGAUGAUGAAACAGCCCAACCCAAAGAAGUCCAGCAGAAGCAGGGCUCAGCCCACCAGGAAUGGUUUACCAAAUAUUUUUCUUUCUAAACUGAUCCUUAAACUGAUCAUAAAGUGGAUAUUUGAAACACAUUUCUUUUGAAGCAUCUGAUUGAAGGAAUGAACUAAAAAGCCAACCAACCAAAAUAACUUGCUUGUAAUAUGAUUUACAUACAUAGCUAAAACAAAUUCUUGCAUUAACAUUUCAUACUGUUUCAUUGUGACAUUAAGAUAAAACAAGCCAGUGUUAUCAGAAAGCGCCCAUAGGGAAAUAUUAUUAAUGUUACUGAUGACCUACCCAUGGUAUUUCUAGUGUCCAUAAGAUUGCAACCCGCCUUGUGGAAUAUCAGACUUUGUGAUUUCCAUGGUCUACUUUUUUUUUUUAAUAUACUUAGAGAAUGUUCUUUUUAUAGCUA